AAAGUUAUAGUUUUUUGUUAAUUUCUUAGAAAAUAUUAAAUAAAAUAAACCAAAUAUGUUGAAAAGUAAUAAUUUUAAUAGUAUUGUCGAUGAUUUAACAGCAUUUAGUACAACAGAAAAUGUGGAACAAUUAAGACCAUCCAGCUUGGAACAAACUACCACAUUUCAAGAACAACACUCUUUAAAUAACAAUAAUAUAAAACAACAGUCUAAUGUUAAUACAGCUGUAGCUAACAAUGACAAUUCUCAAACAGAAGCUACCAUCUCCCUAGCUGCUUUACAACUUACAGCUGGAGUGCUGCAAUCAUAUGCACCUCCCAUAGCCAAGGCUAGAGGACAACUUAAGGAGUUAAUACAAAAACAAAAUAAAAUCUAUAUUGAUUUAUCGGCAGAAAAGUUUAAACUGGACAAUGCUGAGGUUGCCAAAUUACAGGAUAUGAUGAUUAAUGUUAAAGUUUGCAGAGAGAAAUUGUUAAAAAUUAAAAAACACAUGCAGAAUAUCUAUCAACGUACGAAAGUAUUAAAGAAAAGAGCCAUAAAUAUACAAACAUGCAAAGAAAAAGAAUUACAGCGUAAAUUACAAAAACAGCAGCAGGAAGAAUCUUUAAUUGGUAAAAUUAAUUGAUAAUAAAAAAAUUAAAAAAAAUAUAUAUUUUUUUAUUUUUUUUUAAUUUUAUAUAAAAAAAAUAUUUAAUUUAGAUAAAUUAAU